AUGAAACGUCAAAAUGUCAGAACAUUAUCACUUAUUGUAUGUACUCUCACUUAUCUUCUUGUAGGAGCUGCUGUAUUUGACGCAUUAGAAUCUGAAAAUGAAUUACUUCAGAGAGCACAAGUUGAAGAUGCUAAAAAAAGAAUUAUUGAUAAAUAUAAUAUAUCUAUAAAUGAUUAUAAUGUUCUUGAAUCAAUUAUUGUAAAAUCUAUUCCACAUAAAGCUGGUCAUCAGUGGAGAUUUAGUGGUGCAUUUUAUUUUGCCACAACUGUUAUUACAACAAUUGGUUAUGGACAUUCAACACCAAUAACUAUUGGUGGUAAAACAUUUUGUAUGUUUUAUGCUUUAGCUGGUAUACCAUUAGGUCUUGUUAUGUUUCAAAGUAUAGGUGAACGUCUAAAUACUUUUGCCGCAAGAGUUUUAAAAUGUUCUAAACAAUGUUUUGGUAAAAAUCCAACAGUAACACAUAUUGAUCUUAUAAUAAUUUGCUCCGGAUUAGGAACAUUUCUUAUUGCUGCUGGAGCUCUUGUUUUUCAUAUCUAUGAAGAUUGGUCAUAUUUUGAUAGUUUAUAUUAUUGUUUUGUAACAUUAACUACAAUUGGUUUUGGAGAUUUUGUGGCAUUACAAAAAGAUGGAGCAUUACAAAAUAGACCAGAAUAUGUAGUGUUUUCACUAGUAUUCAUACUUUUUGGAUUGACAGUUAUCUCAGCUGCUAUGAAUCUUCUUGUAUUACGUUUCUUAACAUUAAAUACAGAAGAUGAAAAAAGAGAUUUACGAGAAGCUAAACUAGCAGCACGUGGAUUAAUGAGUAUAAAUAAUUUGCAAAAAAAGAAUAAUGGUAGAACGGGUAAGCUAUUACUUCUUCGUAAUCGCAAGUCUUCAACUGGUACCAGUAGUGAGACAGAAGAAACCCCAAUAAAUGUGGAACCUGAUACAAUAUCAAAUUGCUCUUGUAGUUGUUAUCAAUUGCCUUACAAUGUCUAUCAAGGAACAUCUGAAAUGAGGCAAAGGCUUGUUAAUUUAAGUCCAUUUCAAUAA